AAAAAAAAAAAAAAAAAGUAUUUUUCGCUCCAUAAGAUGCACCUGACCACCUACGUAUUAGAGGAGGAAAACAAGAAAAAACAUAUUCUGAACCAAUGGAUUGCAGAUUUAGUACAGGAAAUGACCAGAGACUGCGGACACAGUACAGGAGAUGACCAGAGACUGCGGACACAGUACAGGAGAUGACCAGAGACUGCGGACACAGUACAGGAGAUGACCAGAGACUGCGGACACAGUACAGGAGAUGACCAGAGACUGCGGACACAGUACAGGGGAUGACCAGAGACUACGG